GUGGCCGUUGCGUCAUCUUAUCAGGAAGCAGCGCAGAGGGAGAAACCCGCGCCCUGUCAGUGCAUCAUGCCUGAUGACAUGGCGAGGCCCUUGGUGCGAGGCAGCGGCGCCUCCAGACAUCACGAAGCCCUCAUGUCUGAACCCGGCGCUCCGGUGAUCGGCAUCUUGGGCACGGGCGACUUCUCCCGCUCGCUGGCCAGGAGGCUGGUGGCCUCCGGCUACCACGUGCUGGUGGGGAGUCGAAACCCCAAACACUCUCUGGCUCUGUUCCCGGAGGACGCCGAGCUGACGUCUCAGAUGGAGGCGGCCACUCAGGCGGACCUGGUCUUUGUAGCCGUGUUUCCCGAGCACCACUCCACGCUGCUGCAGUUGAAGCCGGCGUUAGCGGGGAAGACGCUGGUGGACGUGAGCAACGGUUUGCAGAUCAACCGAGACGGACCCUCGAAUGCCCACCAGCUGGCCGAUCUGUUUCCAGAAAGCUUCGUGGUGAAAGGGUUCAACACCAUAUCGGCCUGGAAUCUCCAGGUGGGCCCUCGGGAUGGAAGCAGGCAGGUUUUCCUCUGCAGUGACAACCCCAUUGCCAAGAACUCAGUGAUGGAGCUGUGUCGCAGAUUGGGCUUCGUCCCCGUGGACAUGGGCCAACUCUCCUCUUCUCUGGAGAUCGAGAACCUCCCCUUCCACCUUUUUCCUUCCUGGCACGUUCCUGUCGUCUGCACUCUGUCGCUGUUCAUCUUUUUCUACUUGUACAACUUCCUCCGUGACGUCCUGCAUCCCUUCAUCAAGGAAGGGAAGAGUGUUUUCUACAAGAUGCCCAUCGACACCGUCAACGUCACCCUUCCCUCCGUGGCCCUGGUGAUGCUGGCGCUGGUCUACCUGCCGGGUCUGUGCGCCGCCUACCUCCAGCUGUGGCGGUGCACCAAGUACAAGCGCUUCCCCUCCUGGCUGGACCGCUGGCUGACCAGGAGGAAGCAGUUUGGACUGUGUAGCUUCCUGUGUGCGGCUCUGCACGCCGUCUACAGCCUGUGUCUCCCCAUGAGGAAGUCGGCUCGCUACAAACUGCUCAACGCCGCUUUCAAACAGGUGAAGGCGGGGGUGGAGGACUCGUGGGUGGACGAGGAGGUGUGGAGGAUGGAGCUGUACCUCUCCGUGGGCAUCAUGGCUCUCGGGCUGCUCUCUUUGCUCGCCGUCACCUCGCUGCCCUCGGUGGCCAACGCUGUCAACUGGAGGGAGUUCACCUUCAUACAGUCCAGUCUAGGUUACUGCGCCUUGUUCACGGCCACCCUCCACGUGCUGCUCUUCGGCUGGGAUCGUGCCUUCUCUCCGGACCAGUACCGCUUCCACCUGCCCCCCACCUUCGUACUGGUGCUGAUCCUCCCUCUCGUGGCGCUGCUGGGCCGCCUGGCGCUCUUCCUGCCCUGCGUGGCCCUUCGGCUGCGGCAGAUCCGCCGCGGCGGGGGGCGGAGCCAGCCCCUCCACUUCACGGUGAGGGACGGCGACUGCAACGGGCUGGAGGACGUCAGUGAUGUGUGAGGGGCUCCAGACGAGAAGGUGGAGGAGUGGAGCUCCCUGUUCACACUCAUGAAUAUCAACUCCACUCUGAGACGGACGAUAAAUGAUUUAUCAUCACAGGCUCGCUUCUAGUUUACUCUCUAACUAAUUCUCCUGUAGAGCUGUAGAGACAUUGGACCAGAGCGGUCGGCUUCAUUGCACUAUGCUUUCAAAUGAUAUGUUUCUUGUUUUCUUUCACUCCUCUGGAGUUUCAGCCGAUGACUGAAGAAGAGUUUUAGUUUCUGUCCUAAUUUAUUCAAAUCACUCUCUGUUCCACUUGAAGUGAACCUGCUGGAUAAUUUAUCACUGAGGCAGAACAGCUGAGUUUUAGUUCUGUUCGUGUUUCAUCUUCUGAUUCAAAGGUUUUGAUGCAGUUUCUGUUCGACUCGUACUUCAAUCUGAUGUUCAGAUUAUUUACCAAACAGCCUUUUCUCCCGUUUGGUCCAAAUCCAAAGUGAAACCAGUCGUGUCGCGUGAUGUCACUGUCGAGCUUUAUGAUCUACAAUGUCAAAAGUAUGUAACAAUCAUUCAAACUAUUGUAUUUACUUGGUUUAAAAAAGCACAAUCGUCACUUACAAUAUUUGUACCAUGAUAUUGAAGUGGUACAAGAAAGAUUUUCAAAUAGUCAUCUGUAAUAUCUCCGUUUAAACUCCAUUAAUAUUUACAUGUCUUUUGUAUUGUGAGCGACAUCGUUGGACAUUUUCCGACCACAAGUGCCCUUAAAUAACUUUUUACAGUUUCUCACUGAUACGAGAAAACUCCAUCAACUCCUUUAUUUAACGUGUCUAAGAUUAUUUUCCUGUGUUGUACUGAUCUGUCCAGUGUUCUUGCCAAAGACAACAGUGUUACCUGAUUCUAAAUUAAAAUGUUGCCAGAGAAGUCGCUGUAUUAACAUAAAGAGAUGAAUGUAUACUAAUAUACAUUUCUAGAAUGUAGAAUAAAAAUGUUUUUUCCCACA